UUAAUGACUUGAUUGUGUAGUGAAGUGAUUUUUGUGAAAUGCCACGUAAAAGAGUACACAAAUCGCCUUCGUUUGAUAAGAAGGAUGAUGAUGACGAUGACUUCUUCUUUGAUGAUACACAGUCAAGUUCUGGGAGAAGCGGCCAGGAACCUCAACACAGAAACGCAGCUAAUGCCAGGGAACGAGCUCGAAUGCGAGUGUUAUCCAAAGCAUUUUGCCGAUUAAAAACAACGUUACCCUGGGUUCCGGCAGACACCAAGCUAUCGAAGCUGGAUACUUUGCGUCUAGCUGCUUCGUAUAUAGCGCAUUUACGAGCACUGCUCCACGAGCCACGCUCACAGCAUACACCGCCACAUCCAUUAAGUUUGGCAUGGCCAUUUACAUUUCAAAAUGGCGGCGCGCUCAGCUGCACCGUUUCGCAAAGAUGGAAUCUAAAUAACGAAAACACAAACCGAAGUUCCCAAAGAGAUGUCGGCGAGGAAAAUUAUCAACAGGAGUUUUCGGAAAAUGAUUAUGAAGAGAGAAAUUAUGAUGAAGCGGCAGAGCCUUCCUAUUCUAAUACAUAUUGUAAUUACGGAUAUAAGGAGAACUAUUAUGAAAUGAGAAACGCAUAUUCUUCUGAUGUUAUGCAUAAUAUUUAAAUUGUAAAGAAAAUUUAUAUUCAAAGGGCCUAAGAUUUCUUAUCGCAACAGAUAUUCAUCAAGAAAUCCCAGAGGAAGGUUUAUAGAAAAAUCUAUGUAGUGUAAAAUAAGACGUCUUAACCUCACAUCUGUGGUGUAAAAGAAACGCGACAUAGCAUGUAUAACUAUGACUCUCUUAUGUAAAAAACCAAUACAUUUUUGAUAAUCGGAAAAUCACAAUCCACGGUAAAUGCACUAAGUCUCGUCUAUGACCUCUAGAUCUUUUUAAUGCCACUGUGUUACCACGCAAGUUAGUCGGAUAUGUAACUAAUGUGUGUGGAAUUGCGAUUAGGCAAAGCCCAUAUCUAGUGAUGUGAAAAAUACAGUUUUAAACGAAAGAAUAACGAUAAUAUUUGCAUUUAUGUAGUUUACAGUGAUCGAUACA